CGCUUGCCUGGUAAAAUCAGAAACACGUUAUCGGGCUUUUUUUUUGCAAUGGAACUGCUCGCCGGUCAGCAUAACAACUCUUGACUCCAAAACCAUAACCCUGAAAUUUAACUAACUACGAGGCAGUGUUAAGAUAAUGUAACUCACAGUUCAAUAUUUGGUCGUUGUGUAUUUUAUAGAGCAACUUCCUAUCCGGUAGGACUAGAGUAACCUUGGCUUUUAAUGUUAGUCUGUUACAAUUUGUCCCUAGUUUGGGACCAUUGUCCUUCGUUAUUUUUGACGUUUAUUUGGGGGGGCAAUUGUAUAUACAUAGAGAGAGGCGGAUUAUGUAAAUAAUAUUGCACCAUUUCACCUUAAAAUUCACUACACCGUAAAAAACUGCUAGUGCCUGUACCUCUAUAAACAAAUAUUAGUUCAUUGUAAACAAACAAAGCAAGUUAAUAGUUUCUCCUUUACUACCAGUCACAACUUCAAAUGUAAGUUAAUUAAAUGCCAUUAAGCGACCUAUUAAUAAAAUAUGUACGCAGUCCGUGUUGUCGCAUAAAAUGACGUAUAUGGCAUCGUAAAAAUGCAUCAGCAGUAUGAUGAGUACUGUUUCUAUGGUAAUCAAUGAUGGCGACUUCAGGGAAGCAUACAUCAGCUUUCUCUUCCACUCCAUUGGAGGUGCUGCUUUUUCUUAAUGGAUGGUAUUAUGCUGCUUACUUUUUGGUGGAGAUUCUUACGUUUGUCUAUAAAGGUCUGGUGCUGCCAUACCCAGCUGCUAACCUGAUUUUGGAUAUUGUAAUGCUUUUCCUCUACCUUGGUGUUGAAGUUAUAAGAAUCUUCUUUGGCUCAAAAGGGAAUCUCACACAACGGAAAUUACCUCUUUGUAUUGGUCUGGCCUUAACAUUCCCAUCUGCUGCUAUGGCUGUGUACUACUUGCUCCUUCAAACUUAUAUAGUACGGAUUGAAGUUAUUAUCAAUGCCAUCUUGCUGGUGCUGUAUGCUUUUGAAGUUAUCCUUGGUGUUGUAGCGCUGGCCGAAUUCAUACGAGCAAAUAUAUAUUGAAUGAACAGAGCACCAUAUAACUGUGUUUGCUAAGGAACAGUCCACGUGCUAAUCAGUGGUACUCUACUCAUGCAUGCUUUUAUACAUUGUGUAGAAAAUCUUGUUUAUUGUUAAACCUAGAAAUAUUGAAUAUGUAUACCAGUAUUCUGCCAAUAA